CGCUUUGCUUACUACGAGUCUACGACCAGUCAAGGUCGUCACUGCUGCGGCUGGUGCUGUCCCCUUGUCUCCCGCCACCACUACAGUCACUACUCGAAUCAUCAUCACCAUCAGCACGAUCUUUCGACGCUCCAACUUUCCACUACUCUCAUCUACACGUUGCACCGCCCGCACCUCCGACGCCUUCCUAGUUACUUCUAAUCCAACCACUUCUACUAUCACUACAUGCUUCACAAGCUCCUAUACUCCCCUUUAGCUGCCCCAUCGCAUUACUACGCAUUUGGAAAACAUAUUUCUUGCUCGAAACAUUCAAGCCGCGCCGUCAUUACCUCUAGGUACCUCUGUAUCAACUCGCUAGCAAUAUGGCAGGCAAACCGGCGGCAAAACUCCAUGACUACGCCCCAAGUCGCUACUGACCAACAGCCCGUAAGCGACGACAAGUCUCUGAGCGAUAUCCGGAGAUCAAUGAAGAGGGACGGACAGGGCAUAAGUGCGUUGGGCCUCGAUGGCGUGCUCCGUAGUUUUGACGCCGAACGCAAUGUUCUCGACGCGGUUGGCCUUAACCCAGCUCAGAUAAGAGAAUACUACGAUGGUCUGCCGCUUCCCGAGAGACUGCGUACCGCCGACGGCCGCAACGUGUCCCGUUGGGACAUGUUUCACCCCGAUGCGGAGAAUGUUCCGAAGAUAUUUACGGAGGAGGACAAAGCUAGAAUGCUGGCACAUAACGAGGAGAUGGCAAAGCGUGGAGUCUCAUGUGCAACCUGUGUUCCAGGCAAGUCGGUAGACGAAAGGGAAUCGAAAGCUUAGGUUGAUGGUGCCUUUUUGCUUUUCGCCAUUACGAAAUGUUCAUGCCAGUCACUUCCAAGCCUCGAAGACAGGCCACAGUCGUGCGAUGUUAAUCCAGUGACCCAGCUCCUACCGCUGGUCGUCUGGCCUUGGUGCACCGGCGUAGCCGUUCAAGUUCAGUAACACGCAGGUCUUGGAGGUAGCUCGUGUGGCUCUGGAGGUUCGGAGCGACCCGUAGAACCACGCUAGACGCCUG